GUCCUCAUUACAGCAAUACUCGUACUACAUACAUUGCUGCUACACAGGCUGUAGUGCCAGCGAGAUAGCAACCUGGCGUUCUGAUUGGUCAGAAUAUUUCAAUAUUCGAUGUCGUCACUUGAUUCAACUUCAAUUGAUCACCGCAGGCAUGAGCGGGGAAGCAGAACCACUGAUACACGGAAACUCUUCAGAACAGAGAAAUUAUGCUCAUGACGACGCCGAGCACGAAGCCGCGCAGCAGCAGUCACGAGCGCUUCGCGUCCGCACCAUAGUCUGGUCUCUCUUAGGACUCCUGUUUAUUGUCGGUAUUGUCAUCGGCCUGGUCGGUCCUGACUAUUACGCCGACCAUGGUUGGUCUGGAGCGCUGCCGAAAGACCCAGACCUGGCUGCUCGCAGGCUGCUGGAUAUGGCUCCUGUUAUAGAUGGGCACAUUGAUUUGCCUAUGGUUGCGCGCUAUGGUUGGCGGAAUAAUGUUUCUGCCAUACCACUGCAUGACAAGAUGCCUAUGCAUGUUGAUAUUCCGCGACUUAGAGAGGGAAGGGUUGGAGGAUUCUUCUGGUCGGCAUAUGUUCCCUGUGCAAGCGCGUCGGCUGAGGGAAGGAAGUUCUUGAACGCGACUUGGAGGGUGAGGGACACGAUGGAACAGAUUGAUGUCGCCAAAGGGUUGAUUGUGAAGUAUCCGGAGACCUUCCAGUAUGCAGUGAGCUCAGCCGAUGUAAAGGAUUCUAUUUUCCAGAGAAAAAUAGCCGGUCUGCUGGGGGUUGAAGGGGCGCAUCAACUUGGAAAUUCCAUUGCAGUGCUUCGACAAUACUAUGACCUUGGCGUUCGAUACGUUACACUCACUCAUGUAUGUCACAACGCGUUUGCGGAUUCUUGUGGCUAUAUCGACAUGAUCUCCCCGUUACACCAUGGAUUGAGUCCUCUCGGAUUCAAGCUUAUAGAUGAGAUGAAUCGGAUUGGGAUGUUGGUAGAUCUCUCGCAUACAUCAGAUAUGACCGCUACACAGGUUAUUAUGCAUUCUAAGGCACCUGUCAUGUGGUCACAUUCAUCCGCAAGGGCAGUGCAUAAUGUGGCGCGCAAUGUGCCUGACGAGGUGCUUAGGAUGAUUGGAACGGGUGAGGGGCAGAAAGAUGGCAUUGUUAUGGUUAAUUUCUCACCAGCCUUCGUUGCACCCGAAGGUGAGGCAGACGUAGAGAGAGUAGCAGAUCACGUCGAACAUAUAGCGCGGGUGGUCAGCAAAAAGCACGUCGGUAUCGGUAGUGACUUUGACGGGAUCAUGGAUGCUCCCAAGGGUCUAGAAGAUGUCUCCAAGUAUCCGAAUCUUGUUGCAGAACUUUUUCGCAGGGGCUGGAACAAGUACGAGCUCGCGGGUCUCACAGGCGGAAACUUUCUUCGCAUUUUCGCUGCGGUGGAGGACGUCGCUCAUAAGCUGCAGUCAGAGGGAGCUUUGCCUGUUUAUGACGUUUAUGAAGAGCGAGAGGAUAUGCCGUCCAGACGGGUGGGAGAAGCCCUGUAACUCGCCAUUUUGUACGACAUGGAUCAGUGUACCGCGUUCAUGACUCUUGCUUGACUAUAUAGUUCGUCACUCGUAACAAGUGAUAAUUUUGAUGAACAAGCCAAGG